GUUGCCGUGUCAAAGUUAUGGUAAUAGUCCCUCGUUCUUAAACAUGCAAGGGAAUCCAGAUUUUGGUGAUAAUAAUAAUAACAACACGGAUCCGUUAAAAAAGAGUGUGCAAACUUAUUAUUAAGUUUUUCAUCUUACUGAUGAUGAUCAAAGCACUAACUUAAAAAAAAAUAUGGCAGAAUACAAUAACUUGAUGAUCAGUUACAAAACUCCAUUGAUAGUCUUUACCUCUUUGCUUCUUCUUGGUAUUCUCUAUCUAUCUCCUUAUAAUAAUCACCAGUUCAUCAUCAAUACUGAUUUCUUCUCUUCUUCUAGCAAUACCUCUAGUACUCCUUUUAUUCUGUAUCAAAGACCAAAAGAUUUGUCUUUUGUGUCUCCUUUAUUAGCAGCUUCAAGUACUACUAAUGGUGAUAAAGGGAUUCAUACAAGAAAUGAACUUACUGGUUUGGGAAGAAUCGAAGAUGAGCUUGCAAGAGCCAGGGCAGCAAUUCGAAAGGCAGCUCGAACGCGUAACUACACAUCCAACAAAGUGCAAGAUUUCAUUCCCAGUGGAUCAGUUUUCAGAAAUCCAUACUCCUUUCAUCAGAGCUACAUAGAAAUGGAGAAGACAUUCAAAAUUUGGACUUACAAAGAAGGUGAACUACCUAUGGUACAUAAUGGGCCACACAGCACCCUAUAUGCAAUUGAAGGCCAGUUUAUAGACGAAAUGGAGAGGGAUAAAAAUCCAUUUGCAGCUAAAACAACUGAAGAAGCUCAUGCAUUCUUCCUUCCCUUCAGUGUUGGCAACAUAGUCACAGCUUUAUACAAGCCACUUGUAUAUGCUCGUGAACCCUACAUUAAUGUCGUCUCUGAUUAUGUUCGGGUCGUAUCAGAGAAAUACCAGUACUGGAAUAGAAGCAGUGGGCGUGAUCAUUUUAUGGUUUCAUGUCAUGACUGGGCGCCUUUCGUGACAAAGGAAGCACCUAAUAAGCUGUUCGAGAAUGUUAUUAGGGUGCUCUGCAAUGCCAAUUCAUCAGAAGGUUUUCAACCCAAAAGGGAUGCAACCCUGCCAGAAAUUUACCUUGUAGCUAGAACUCUUGAAACAGCAACACAAUACCGCAAGACUGGUUUAAACCGUUCGAUACUGGGUUUCUUUGCUGGUGGGGUUCAUGGAAACAUAAGAAAGAUCCUAAUGGAGCACUGGAAAGAUAAAGACAAAGAGUUGCAAGUUCGUGAAUACCUUCCCAAGGGACAAGAUUAUGGUGAAUUAAUGGCUAAAAGCAAGUUUUGUUUGUGCCCAAGUGGGUAUGAAGUUGCAAGUCCUAGAGUUGUUGAGGCAAUCCAUGCAGGUUGUGUUCCAGUGAUCAUUUCAGAUCAUUAUGUACUCCCGUUUAGUGAUGUCCUCGAUUGGAGCCAGUUUUCAGUAGAGGUGCCAGUCAACAAAAUACCAGAACUGAAAACAAUAUUAUUAGCAAUAUCAGAUGAGAAGUACCUUAAACUUCAGAGAAAUGUUAGGAUGGUUAAAAGACAUUUUAUUAUUAAUCGGCCUGCACAACGGUUUGAUGUUUUUCACAUGAUACUUCAUUCAAUUUGGCUAAGAAGGUUGAACUUUCAUUUGCCAACUUGAAGGACAAUGGAAUAGAACUGUAAUUGUAAUUUUCAUAGAUGAAAUGUUGUGAGCAACAAAGUUUUGUUGGUUUAACAAACUA